GGAAAUCGAUCUAAUUACUUUAUAAAGUUGAUGUUUUGCUAUUGCUGUUGGUGUUGGCUGAUGCCCGACGCCAAAGAGACGCUCGCCGCCCCGCUUAAAUAUGCAUAGCUUAGUUCCACACUAGCACCUCCGGAGCCGUUUUGCAUUUGCGCCACCGUCAUUUUUUAACCAUGUCGCUUCUAUCAGCAGGCCCAGGCUCUUGUUCCCGGUGCUGCAAGGCGGUUUGCAGGGUCUUCUGCUGUUGCCGCUUCCUUUUCACCAAAGCCGCCGAAGCUUUGUCAGACAGGAAACACCACAGAACCCGGUAUUAUUUCACGGUGUUUCUUUUCGUCCUCCUUUCCUUCUACCUCAACAAGGACGUCGUCCUGACCUUUUCUUCCCUGACACCCUCAGCGCCGGAUGGGACAAGCCUCCUUCAAACGCCGGCGUCGUACCUGCAGCGGGCGUAUCAAAUGUACUUAAAAAUGUCUGGGUCUGGAAGAAUCCAACUUGUCAUGCUGAUUUUCAUUUUGGAUUACAAAAAAGUCUGUAAUUGCAUGAGCAGCAAAGAGAGUCUAAGUUUUGCUACACGAAAAGAGCAUUUGUCAUGCGGUAUAGGCAUCAGGAAGCCCUCACAAAAUCUGUGACGCUAGGGCAUGCAUCACAGACAUCAGGAGUCAUGCAAAAUGUGCAUGACAAACCUGGCACUCUUCCAGACCCAGACACUUUUACAUUUGAUAGGGCGAAGAUGCAGUUUGAUCGGACAGAACUGGAAAAGUUUUUGCUCUACGGUGCAGGGAAGAUCACCAGUUCGCCUCCGCUGGUGUCACGACCUGGAGCAGGUGCAGCUGCGACGGUGGCUGCGGGUAGUACUGGUUCGCGAGAGGGUCGUUCCGGAGCUGACGGCGGACCAGCAGCUUCUGGUGCAUCGGCGAGAACAGGAGGGACAAGUCUCCCAUCAUCCAGUCUCCCAUAUCGCACGAAAAAAGUGUUUCGCUGUAAGGAUUUUGCAAGUUUUGCAUCACAAGUUUGUUCUACAUUACCGAGAAAAUUUGCCAUGCGAGAUUCGUAAGGGAAAACACAGAUAAAAUCUAGUGUCUUGCGUGUGUCGCAAGACAAACGCUUCUCAGAUACAGUUUCUGCAUUACAAGUUUACAGUGAAGCAGUUUUUUCUUGCGAUAUCCCAUCACCCUCGCCUAGUAGAGGAAAACCUUUCCCCGAGCAGCUGGAGCCGUUACACCACUUCCGCCUUGGCAUUUCCGGUGCCGUCUACGAGGACGCGGAAUAUCUCACCGACUACGUGCGCUCUUUUCUCCGGAAAACGGAGAAAUCGACGUUGCUGGUAUUGCACGUAUAUGCACUGCAAAAGUAUCGCACUCGUACUAAUUGCGUUUAUGCAUUACACAUCCUUUUCUUAAGGCAAAUCCGCAUGACAAAUUCCAUUUGUCAUGCUGAGUCAAUUUGUAUUGCAAUUACUACAACUUCUGCUAGUGCUCACGAUACUUUUGCAGUUCAUAACGUAAACAGCCGUUCUAAGUAUCCACCGAUGAAGCAGAAAAUGCACACCGACAGCGCUGAGGAAGUGUUCACGAACCUUGAGACCUUCGCCAACAAGCAUAUCCUGUGCAAAAGUAUCGUUCUCGUAUUGUAGGCAUGCAUUACAAAUCUUUAUCUGAAGGUAAGUCCGCAUUACAAAUUUGAUCUCUCACACUGACGAAAUUUGAAAUGCAUUUAUAGCAGUACGAUACUUUUGCAAUGCAUAAAGCACGCCCAUACGCAAAAACGACUGAUCGUCAACCGCAAGCGGUAUUCCGUCGGCUACGGGCAGUGCGCGAUCCUCCGAGCGCACGUGAGCAAUAUUGGCAUUUUGCUGAACCAGACGGGGUAUCAAAUGCAAAAAUGUCUGGGUCUGGAAGUUUGGAACUUGUGAUGCUAACUCUGGACUCUAAAAAAAUGUGUACUAUUGCGUGACCAGCAAAAGGGGUCCAGUUUGUGUUACGCGGAGAGGGCAUUUCUCAUGCGGGCUAGGCAUCAGGAAGCCCUCUAAAAGUCUGUGAUGCUAGAUUAUGCAUCACAUGAAGCAUGGAUCAUACAAAAUAUGCAUCACAAAUCCCGGAAUCUUCCAGACCCAGACAUUUUUACAGUUGAUACGGGGGAGGACAAGAUCACGCACAUCGUCCUGGCGGCGUCAAACAUGUUUCUCGUUCGGGAGCAUUUGGAAGACUACGUGUUCACCAACCACGUGGGGCUCGGGCUUGUCACGGCACGAAUACGAGACGGGCCGCAGUCAGAGCGGGAAGGCGGGCGGUAUUGGAAGCAGUAUGACCAAUUCAAGUGCUACCAGCGGCCGAUGGCCGAACGCGAAGGGAUCGAUUUGGAACGGUUUGACAAAACGAAGAAUGUCCCCUAUUGGAACCGGCCGUGCGAAGAGUAUGGGUCGCAGAGAAAAAAACGCCAUUCCAUGUCGAAGUAACUAGAUGAAGACACACAGCCUGUACGCAAAUAUUUUCCAGAAGUCUACCUUGCUUGUCUGAGGACGGUUUGUCAUGCCAGUCAAUGAGUCGGUAAUAUGGCGCUCAGACACAGGCAGAUUUAUAAUCUCUGCCUUGCUGCAACUGCAUGUGCAACAUGCGACGUGAGUUCAGACUGUGCUUGUUCUCGUGCGGCGUGCACAUCGAUUUGCAUGACAUGGCGGUUUUCUAUCGGAUGCAGAAAAAAAUAUCGCCUCUCUUGUCACUAGGAUUCUCGGCGUAGGAAGUGGAACGCAGGAAGCAGCCCCUCCCAAGAAAAACUACCCUCCUGUCACUUGGUUCGACCACCACGAGGGCCAGUUUUUUCCCGCGGAUUUUUUUCGAUUUCUCGCACAGCCAUCGCUUCGGUACAACGAGGACCACGCGGCAUUACAGCCGGAAACCGGAAACUUGCUGUGCGAAGAGUACCAACUGAGCACGCUCUUUAUUGCGGCGGUGGCACGGGUGGUGGCGAUGCAGGAGAAAAGCAGGAGGUUAUCUUCUGCAGGUGGGGGCGGUGCAAGUGGAAGUUCUUCUACUACUACAGCCUUGCGGGAGCUACUGAAAAAUGGAAGUGCGGCCAGUUCGUCAACGAAGGUUGCUAUUCCUCUAUCAUCUACGACCACUAGCACUGCUGGUCGAAAAAAUACUGGGAGAAAUGGCGAAAGUGGUCCUGUUUCUGACCAGCGCGGGCUUGCAAGUGGUUCAUCAACAGGUGGACGAGUAGACCCUGGUGAAGAUGCCAAUGAAGAUAAAAAAUCUCUCGAACGAGCCGCUUCAAGCGCCGCCUGGGAUUUCUACAAUUCCGCAGAGCUGGUAGAAGUCGGCAAAUUCGAGGUCGUAAAAACUGCGUCCGCCGCGGACAGCAUUAGCGAUAAGAAGAACCUUCACUAUACUCACCCUGGUGGUCCUGCUGGUUCCAACCCGAGCACCUCUUUGAUGACAGUCACGGGCGUUCCAGAAAUUUGCCGUGUAAAGAGGACACGAAGAGAACAUAAUGAAUCACGGUAUGCGAAUGCGUAUGAUCAAACUCAAAGUGGUGGUGGUUCUCAGCCUGAACCCGCUCGUCAAGGAGGAUUGCGAACGGCAGAAGCCUCACCAGCGUCAAGACUGGACCAACGCGGCGAUGGAGAUCAUGCCACCUCCACUAUGACAGUGCACAACUCCCUCUCCUCCUCAUUUGUUUUGCAUGAACAGCCAUACAGAAAGCCCCGCCUGUGGAGCCUGUGCAUAACAAAGGUUCAUGCGCUCAGGGCAGUACUGUUUGGGCUUCCAGAACAAUCUGUCAUGCAAACAGUACCAUGCAGCAGCGCUUGGAUUUGGUACAUUUUCAAAGACAAACGAGGGGGAGGGAGGGUUGUGCACUUUCAUAGCCACAAUCUGCUAUCCCGUCCGGCCUCCUUCGUCGAAAUUCCAGAUUCCGCCCACCGGGCCGAAUAUCCACGUUUUUCCAGGCGUAUCAAAUGCAAACAUGUCUUUAACUACUUGUUGACAUGCAGCUUUUAUUCCAUGAUCCGUGAUGCAGAGGUCUGAAUCUGAUAUGUUUGGCAUACUAUGACAGACAGAUUCCGUGAGAUCUCCUGCCGAUCCUGCAUGAGCUGAAACCUCCUUGCAAAUAGGCCCAAGUGAACAGCUUUUGGCAAUCAUGCGACACAGACUCUGUCACAGUCCAGAUUUUUUGGCACGACAAUGACAAAGCUCAACUGUUUCAGAGACCCAGACGCAGACGUAUUUGCACUGCAUGAGGCAAAGUUUCCUUCGGUCUGCGACCGCUCUGGUACGACUGGUUCCUGCCUUUUCAGUUGAAGGGGGUGUUUGAAAAGGAGCAUAGAGCAAGACAAGGUCGGAAAAGCACAAGAAGUGGGUCACGCGAGGGACGACACGAACAGCGUGGACGCCGGAGCGCAGCAAUCGAGGAUCGAGAUAAAUGGCAUGCAUUGCAAAUAUGUCUGGGUCUGGAAGAAUGCAAGUUUGUCAUGCUUGUUUGGCAUGACUCGAGCAUCUGUGUUGCAUAUGCACGAGAAAGCUGUCUUAUCUGUCAUGCAAAAACGCACUUUGCCAUGCGGAAUACGUAAGACAUGGCAGCCAAAAAAAUUGUCAUGCAUAGCUGCGUAGUGCAGUGCGUUUAUCAUUCAUUUUUAGCAUUACAAGUUUCCAGACCCAGACAUUUUUGCAGUUGAUAAAUGGCAGUAUUUCCUCAAUUGGCGAUGGGAGUUUGGGUUCCAUUCGUCCGGUGACCAAACAAGAAAGAGUGCAAGCCCCGCUCUUGCCUCUUCCGCAUCACUACAAACUCCGACCUCACCAGAGAAGACCACAUCCGAGCAGGAGCGAGCUGCAGGAAGUUCCGCUGCGAGGGGCGAGCAAGAAAAUAAGGGAGAAAUAGAUUUUUCCCUGAUGCACCACGUAGUUGAGCGGAUGCUGCAGAUAAGCCAGAGGAGGUCAUCUACUUCUGCUGCCAGUGAGAAUUAUCUUUCUACCCCGCAAACCUCUAAAGCUACCUCGCUGACUCUGCACGUCGGGCUCACCGCCUUUAUGCGCAGGACGGAGACCGCCGGUGACGUGUGCGCAAAUUAUCUCCAGCAGGAAAUAAAGCAGCAGGAAAAGCAGCAGACGGGCGUCAACAACGUGAAGACUACCAGUGGCAUAUUAAGUGCUGGUGUCGCCUUAUCGAACGUUACCAGUGUUGUUCAGGACUCACCUGCCGCAGACAAGUGCUGGAGGGAGAUAUGCACCCUGUGGAAGCGACAGCAGCUGCUGUUCAACAAUUUUUUUCUCAAUAUGCACAGCAAAUAUCACGACUCGGAUGUUGUCUCGAAAUUUGUGCUGCUGGUGGUGAUUAUCCUCGCAUUCUUGCACGUAGUGUAACCCGCCCCGCUUUUGUUACGGCAUGAUAGCAACAGAGGCUCUACGAGGCUGAAGAUUGCAGGUUCAUUCGGAAUAAACCGCAAGACAAAAAAAAUGAGUUUACUUUUUCACAGAAUGAAAAGAGGAAACUCGUCGCGGGUUUUAAUGCGCCACAGAUCAUCCUAGCGCCUGUAAGAUUUUCUUGCAUGACAAAUCCAGACCGAGACCACCUAUUUGCAUAUGCAUACAGAAACGCAUGAUCCGCGCUACCUGGUUCGAGCCGUUCCGGUAUCAAAUGCAAAAAUGUCUGGGUCUGCAAACUUGUGAUGCUAAAAUGUGCAUGAUGAAAACACCUCCGAAUGCAGUCCGGCAUGACAACUUCCCAAAGCGCUUGCCCAUAGGCAAUCCGCAUGAGAAACUGCGUUUUUGCACGACAAAAGAGGCUGCGUCUUCUGUUGGUUAUGCAAUGCAGAUUUUCUAGGUAUGGAUAUGGAAAGCUAGCAUUACAAGAUCCAACCUUCCAGACCCAGACACUUUCACAAUUCAUAUCCGGAAACGCAUCGCAAAUGCGCGAGAUUUCGAGCAGGUGUGCGGCCUCUUUUUCUGAACAGACGGCGGGACGAGAAGCAGCCAAAUCAAUACACAAGCCGCCGUCCUCGCGUUUGGUACUAGUAUCUCCAGCUGCGUCCUCUUUUUUAUCAUCUUGCAUGGUCAUUCAAACGGAAAACCAUUCAUAUGGCUCCGCGCUUUGCGGUUCUCAAGAGGCCGGGUGGCGCAACAUCGCAAGAUUGAAGAAACAAGUUUUCUCAUGCUUCUUCUACGAUGGUUGCCAUUUGCAUUUCCAGUUUCCCAAAUUUUGGUGCCGAAGUAGAGUCAUGAUUCGUCCGCCUGCUUUCCUAGCAUCAUAACUAGUAUCGUGAACGCAAAGCACGAUCGAAGAGAGGAAGUAGAUUCUGUUGAUGGUGCCGCUGCUGUCCGAGAGUUGACAAAAUGAGUCCUAC